UUUGACCCCCACUUACUGCUCGAUUUAUUAUGGCCUUCCCCAACAUUGCGAGUGCCUCAUUAUCCUAAUAUAGUCGCGACAUGCUGGUUUAGCACGUGUAUUCUACCGCAUCACAUCUUUUCCAACCCAAAUAAAAUCUGUCGACCAUGACGGUUUCUCCCAAACCGGCGAUAUUGCCCUUGCUAACCCACAUCCAGCUAUGUCUGGCGCACUACUGCGAUCUACAUGGUCCGACACCUCUCAUGGUCACCGAAGGUUUACCAGUACCAUGUGGACAAUGUUGCGAUGAGAUUGCCGAGCCGAUACGGCCGCAAACAAGUACUGCUGCGCAUGGCGCACCCGUUGCUGUUACUGAUGCUCUCCGAAAAAUGACCAUUGGAGCUCCGCGCAGCUCUUCUACCCCUGCGACCGAGCAAGAAGCGCAAACACACCGCGCAUCAUUACUACGAACAUCAAAACUCGGUCCCAGCACUACGGCCCAACCCGUUACAGCUGCAUCACCUACCACAGCUUCAGCUAUCCAAACUCCGCCGCAAAGUCCCCGAAAUGCACCCGAAAGCUUCCCUGAAACAAAUGGCAAGGGUGGUUUACGGCGAGACUCGAGUUUUCGCCGAACUUACGACGAUUAUGUUACCAAAAAAGCGAAUCCAUGCCAGAAUUGUGCUUUAACACUCCCCAAACGACAGGAGUCGAAGAGCGCCAAGGAGAAUGCGAACGCAAGCUCGGAUUCUAAAUCUGAUCAACGGGGUCCUACACUACGUACACGCGCACCUUACGCUCGCGUUUACGGAGGCAAUGGAGAGCUCAGUCCGCCAAGCUCGAGCCCACAAUCUUCAUAUCCUUCCGAUACGGAAGAAGAUCUUUCACCGAGGGAUGGCAAACGCUCUACUUCCCGGCGUCGGCCUACCACCUCGACUUCGCAUUCCAGCGUAUCGUCUCGAUCCAGUGUAACACAGCACACGCAUUACCUGGAUUAUACAUCUACUCAUGAACCUGUCGUCCCAGCUACGUACUCUAUAGUUCGUGCUUCCUGCUUACGAACUCUUUCUUUUGAAACUCUUCCACGACGACCCGAAACCUCGCAGUCUAUACCAUCACUUUCAUCGCCUUUACCUGGCAUCCCAUCCUCGUUCCAGCCACCACCUAUUAACCACGGCCCUGGCUACAUUACCACAGCACCAAACCCACAAUCUGCUGCAAAUGGCGGCCCGAUCUUCUUUGGUGAUCCUCUAGCAGGCUACACGACAGCGUACAUAUUUCGAAUUCCUGAUGUGCACGCCCGUGGCCGCAAGAGGGUUUAUGCGUUUCUGGCGCUUAGUACGCACCGUGAACGCCUUGCCAUGAAGACCUUUAGCUUCAUUUCCGCUGCGUUCCGGGAUCUGGCAAACUGGAUCCAAGAACUUGCCGAGGCGGAAGCUGAAAGGGAGCGUGAACGGGAGGAAGCCAAUAGUCCGGUCGCUGCGCUGAAUGCGGCCUACGGCCAUGGCGGAUUCGGCGGCGAUGGUCCACGUGACAGUGGCAUUGGUCUGGGCCUUGGAGGUGGAUUUGGGGGCGCGAAUUCGGACCGCGACCGAGAUCGAGCCAACGACACAAGCAGCUUCCUAACCGGUGGCGCCCGCGGCGGAUUUGUACAGCGCAUGGGCGGGUCUAUGGGUCCUGGUGGAUUUGCGCCGAAAGCUCGCGGACUGGCUGAGCUGGUGGGCCUUCCUGACUUCUUCAUUGAGCUGCACUCUCGUUUCGUCCAACUAUUAUUAGAAUUGGGUGUUGUACUCUCUUCUUGAAUCAGGCUGGAAACCGAUCACGCGCCAUAAGCAACGUAAGUCAUGGCGCUGCUUAAUUUGUAUUCCGCGAGCGACUUGAACAACUAUUACGCAGUCAUGUGCUCCCACGAACACGGAGGUGACAUCGCGAUGGAGGAUAUACCCAAUUUAUCGUGUGGAGGAAAUACCCUAGCAAGCGUUUUUUGAACUGCUUUGCAAUUACUUGAGCUGUUGGUCAUGGUGGUCCCCUACUAGAACUCUUGACAUCCAUGAUACCCUCAAGUCGAAUUGAAGCGUACGUUGUCCGCGCCCACUUUAGUUAAUUCCCGCUUUUUUUCGUUCUUUCUUCGACGAAGAUAC